AUGAAGACCACCAACACAAAAGGGGGGAAACAAACUUCAACCUCCCUUGUCCUUUCAUGGGAACUCUUUCUCACGCCUGAUGAGGAGUGGCAUGGUUACAUUAAUAAUAAUGACAGACUGCUUCUUAAGCUCAUACAUUACUCUUCUCCAACAUCUGCUGGUGCAGAAUGCAUUGAUCCUAACUGUACUUGGGUUGAACAAUGGGUUCAUCGUGCUGGGCCACGAGAGAAAAUUUAUUUCAAACCAGAAGAAGUGAAGGCUGCAAUUGUUACUUGUGGUGGGCUUUGCCCUGGUCUUAAUGAUGUCAUUACACAGAUUGCCCUCACAUUGGAAAUAUAUGGUGUUAAAAACAUUGUAGGGAUUCCUUUUGGUUAUUGUGGAUUCUCUGACAAAGAUUUGGCUGAAAUGGCAAUAACUAUCGCGGAUAGUAGUCCAAAAUAUACACCUUUCAGGUGAAACUUGUUGGGAGUUUCACGUGGAGGGCCCUCUGUCAGUGAUAUGUCAUUAGUAUGGAGGAAAGUAGAAUCAACAUGUUUUUUGUGCUGGGUGGAAACGACACCCAUGCUGGGGCCAAUGCUAUUCAUAAUUAGGUUCAUAUCAGAUACCUAUUAUAUAGUCUUCAUCUUUAGCACUAUUCAUUAAUAUUGAACAUGGUAUUUCCUUUAUUAUUAUCUUAAAUUUGAAAAUAGAACUAUCAAAAACUAAGACAGUUUCUUUUUAAUCCCUUGAGUCUAAGCUGUGUUUAUUAAUUUUGUUGAGUCAUUUGAUUUAACUUCAUCAAGGCACUGGUCUUGGGUAACUGAAAGAUUCGGAUUUAUUUUCCAUUUUUGGUUUUUCUAAGCUAUGUUUUUCAUUUCAAAGUUAUAUCUAUAUAUCGAUCAGGGGGGAUAUUAGAGGAGUUCUGUGAUUAAGAAUCUCUAAGAGUUGCAAAAAAUCUUUUGUCUCAUAUAGGGGCUGGCUAUGUUUUGCUAAAUAUAUAUGUAAUCGUUUUCAGUGCCGUAAAAGAAAAUUAAAAGUGGUUGUAGUUGGCGUGCCAAAAACUAUUGACAAUGACAUUCUGCUGAUGGAUAAAAUCUUUGGUUUUGAUACUGUUGUUGAAGAAGCACUACGGGCAAUCAACUCUGCGUACAU